AUGCCAGACUGUGUUCCAAAGCGAUUGUAUCAGUUUACACUUAUACCAGCAGGAUAUAAGAGUUGCUAUUUCUAUGAACUACAUAGCCUAGGAAUAUUGAAAACAUUGCUCACCUGGGCCCUGCGGCCAGCAGAAUUGGCCCCGCUCUGUGGCUGCCGGGGCCUGCGCACUGGAAUCGCCGUGGCCUGCGCACCCCACCAUGCCAGUUUGAACCUCCAUGGCCUCAACCAGAUUCGGAAUGUCAAAAAGCAGAGUGUCUAUUUGAUGAAUUUGAGGAAAUCGGGAACUUUGGGCCACCCAGGCUCUGUAGAUGAGACCACCUAUGAAAGACUAGCGGAGGAAUCACUGGACUCUUUAGCAGAGUUUUUUGAAGACCUUGCAGACAAGCCAUACACGUUUGAGGACUAUGAUGUUUCCUUUGGGAGUGGUGUCUUAACUGGUAAACUGGGUGGAGAUCUAGCAACCUACGUGAUCAACAAGCAGACACCAAACAAGCAAAUCUGGUUGUCUUCUCCAUCCAGUGGACUCAAGCGUUAUGACUGGACUGAGAAAAACUGGGUGUACUCCCACGAUAGCGUGUCCCUCCAUGAUGUGCUCGCUGCAGAGCUCACUAAAGCCUUAAAAACCAAACUGGACUUGUCUUCCUUGGCCUAUUCUGGAGAAGACGCUUGAUGCCCAGCCCAGUUUUAAGGAUAUUAAAAGCUGUCAGGCCAAGACCCCAGCUUCAUUAUGCAGCUGAGGUCUGUUUUUUUGUUUUUCGUUUUUUGUUU